AUGCCUAAGCUGCCCUGGUACUUGAUUGUUUUGCACCUGAUAGGAGCAACUGGAGCAGCUGCUCCAAACCUACGCCCUCUGCACUACAAUCUCAGUCUGCUGACCGAGGUGGACCCGCUGAGGCUGAGUGGAACCUUCAGCGGAGAGGUCAUCAUCCGGCUGCGCGUAUGGGGUGAGACUCGCACCAUUGUGCUCAGUAACCAUGGCCUGCGAGUGGGUCCAAAGGUGAUGCUCUUCCGGAGCAACACCGGUGGUCGGGUGACGGUGCGCAAAGUGUGGCACAUUAAGCGCCUCCACCAAUUCGGCAUCGUGUUCAAUAGCAUGCUGUGGCUGGGCGAGGAGUACAGCCUGGUGCUCCAGUUCAGUGGGCAAAUGUCGCGCGCCAGUGGCUACUUUGUGGGCGGAUACAUGGAUUCCAAAGACCAUCCGCAGUGGAUAGCGGUCACGCAGCUGGCUCCCAAUCUGGCCAACACCGUAUUUCCCUGCUUCGAGAAUCGCAACUUCCUCGCUCCCUUCAUCCUCAAUUUGGCCCAUCCCAGGGGCACCAAUGCCGUGAGCAACAUGCGGGUGCGCAAGAUCUCCGAUCAUGAAUAUGAUGACUACAUAUGGACUACCUUCCACCAGACGCCAGCGAUGUCUGUACAGAGAUUGGCCUUCUCCAUCAACCGGUUCACGAAUCGAACGUCCGCGGAAAUCGCAAAAGGUCUUGCAGUGACCACUUGGCUGCGACCCAAGAUCGCCGAUCAGGGAGACUACGCCAUCCGCAUUACAUCGCAGAUAAUUGUCUACUUCGUCAGCCUUUUCGGCAAGCCAUAUCCUGCGAUGAAGAUUGACCAACUGAUUCUGCCGGACACGGCUUAUCAGAGUCACGAGCACUUGGGAUUGGUGAGCUACCCGGAGGCAGCAUUCCUCUACAGCGAGCAGCGUUCGACGUCGCGGGCCAAGCAGCAGGUGGCCAGUCACGUGGCCCACGAGUACGCCCACCACUGGCUCUCCGAUCUGGAGAAUACCGCCCUCUACUGGCUGCACUAUGGCCUCUCCGACUAUGUGGCCGGCUUUGCCGUGGACAACGUGGAGCCCGCCUGGCGGUUUCAUGAGCUCACCAUGCUGCGUCAGGCAUUUGCCGUUCUAGAUGCCGACUCCGGCAGCAGUGCUCAGCCCGUGAGUCUGUCCCACGCCCUAGUGUCCUCGGCUACCCAGGCGUAUCACAAGUCAGCCCUUCUAUUCCGCAUGCUGCACUCACUCAUUGGCACCCAGGUCUUUGCAAACGCGUUGCGUCUGUACCUGCAGCACUCGCCCAAGGGAUCCGCCUCCAACCAGGCGUCCCUGUGGCACACAUUGCAGGAGGAGUCGGACCGCCAAAUGAGCUUGCGCCAGGACAUCAAAGUGAGCCAGCUGAUGGACUCGUGGACAAUGCAACCAGGUUACCCGCUCAUUCGGGUGGUGCGCAACUAUGAUACCAACCAGGUGACCGUGAGCCAAGAGCGUUUUCUGCGCAAUCCUGGCAAGCGGAUGAAGAAACGCCAACACUGCUGGUGGGUGCCACUGACCUUCGCGUCUGCGGGUCGCCUUAGCUUUGUAUCGACGCUGCCCAGCGAAUGGCUGACAUGCGUGGCCAGACAGACCGCCGGUCGGCUUGUCCUAAGCGAGGUGGCCCAACCAGACGAGUGGGUGGUCUUCAAUCUCCGCCUGGCCACGCCCUGUCGCGUCACCUAUGACGAGCGCAACUGGCAGCUGAUUGGAGAGGCUCUGUCCGCUCCGAAUGCCAGCAGCAUCGACCGCUUCACUCGGGCGCAGCUGAUCAGCGAUGUCCUCAACCUGGCCGCCGCCGGGGUUGUCACCUACGAUCUGGCCCUGAACUUUCUCGGCCACCUGCGUAACGAGGACGAGUUCAUCGUGUGGCAGGCAGCUGGCAGGUGUCUGGAGUGGCUCUACCGCACUCUGCGCAACACCGCCAUAAUCUCUACAUUCAAGGGCUUCAUGAGAGGCUUACUGCAGGCCAAGUUCGAUGAGCUUUUUAAAUCAGCUGGAAAGGAAAACAUCACCGAACUGAUGGUGAUCGUCCUGCAGCUGUCCUGCCAAACUGAUCUGCAAUCCUGCGCGGACUUCGCUCUCAAGGAAUUCGCUGCCCUCACCCUGAAGUCCAAUCGCAUUCCGGUUGAUCUACGCGAAACCAUCUACUGCACUGCCAUUCAGUUUGGCACGGAAGCGGAUUGGACGCUGCUGCGGAGGCUCUACAAGCGGUCAGAUGUGAGCGAAGAGCGAAGGAUCAUCCUGAGCGCCUUGGCAUGCAGUCGCGAAAACUGGGCGAUGGACAAGCUGCUCAACCUGGCCUUCGUCGGCCGUUACUUGCCCAAGGAGGAUGUCCUGCUGAUCUUUAGUGCCGUGGCACAGAAUCCUUUCGGCUACAACCUGGCCAAGAAAUACCUGAUGAACAACAUCAAGGCAAUCAUUAAAUUAUAUGGAAGUAGCACCGAUGAACUGGCACAGCUAGUCACCGUUCUUAUGGAAGAGGUCACCACUGAAGAGGAUCUAAACGCUUUACGAAUGUUUAUGAAAACAGAUCUCGGGAGUCUUCCGGGCUUCGAAACCGCCUUUCGUCGUAUCCUGGAACUGGGCCACGACAACAUAGCCUGGCAUAGCCGACAAUACCAUAAUGUCCUGGCCGCCGUUUGCAACAUCACCGGCUCCAUAGAGCCGCAGUGCAUCUACUAAAAAGCCUGCGAUUCGACUGCGAUUUUUGCAUAAACUAUCGAUAAAGCAUAGAAUUACCAAAA